AUGACUGCGAAAUGGCAAUAAAACAAUGUAGAUAUAAUAAUUCCAAAAUAGGUACCAAUUAGAUUAAACUUUAAUGAUGAUGAUGAUCCUUUUGAAGAAGAAAUAGGUAUUUUAAGUAUUUCAAAAUAAUAGAUAGAUUAAGAUAGUAAAAGGAAAUGCAACAAAAAUUAAAACAACAACAAGCAGCUAUUCAUGAUCAUAAUAAAAAGGUAUAUUGACAAUCCAUUUAGGCUGAAUAAUUAAGAUAAUAAAUUGUUAAAGAUAUACUACCAAAACAUAAAGGUUUAUAACUUGCUUAUGAUUAUGAUGGAACCUUUAUGUUAGCAAAAGAUCUUACACAAGUAAAAAAUAAUUAAAGAGCACCUGAAAUUCAGUACUUAUAUUAUUUUAUGUUAAAGCAAAAUAACUUAAGUUGAUACAGUAUUUUAACCAUAGAAACCUAUUUAAUAAGCAGUUAUUGAAAAUGAGAAAGUAAGGAAAGAGUAACUUCGUUAAUCAAAAGCCAAAACCAACCCCCCUUAAAUAUUUGAAGCUUCAUAUUCUAAACCAUUUGAUGGGUUCACUCCUAAUCAAGGAGUUAAAUUAAUUUAUCAAGAUCAAAAUUAAGAAGUUAUAAAAUAAUAAGAUAUGUAAAAUUGGGGUGAUGGAUAAAGAAUGACUAAGAAAUAAUUUGAAGCCCUUAAGAAUGAAGGUUUUAAACCAACUACUUAUUCAAUGAAAUAAUAAAUGCUUCAAAAAAUUAAUUCUGACAUUGUGGAAGUAUAGGAACCUAAAAAUUCACCCAUUAUUUCGGAAUCUUUUAAUCAUAUUAAUGAGUUGAAGAUUUCCCAAUCUUAUAAAAAUUUAAAGAAACCUAUUAUUCAAUAAACAAUCGAAUAAAUACCCUAAACAGCAUAAAAUAGGAAAUAAGGAAGUAAAAUUAAUGUUGUUGAUAAAUAUUUACUAAAUCAAUUACUUUCUUGA